AUGUGUGAUUUCGGCGGUUUCUAUGCGGAAGCAUCUGCACCUGAAUUUGGCGAGCUACUGAAUGCCAAGGGACUUCCAGAAGUUUACAUCACAAGGGUCAAUAAACCAUGCCUGAUGCAGCCGAUGAAACUACACGACGCUCGUACGCCUUCCAAUGGCACUCGGAAUCAUCAGCUGGCCAUUUGCACACAGCCUCUCUUCUACUACGUCGACUGGACGCUUAUAGCCCAAUUCUUUGAGAUGUGGAUUCUCCAGGGAGUGACCAAAUUCUAUAUUUAUUUCCAAUCGUUGGCGUUCGAAACUGAUGCACUGUUACGCGUCUACGAAAACGAAGCUACCAUUGACGUUGAGCGCAUUCCGUGGUCUGCCUUUCCAACGGAUGGCGAUUUUCUUUCUAAACCUGAAAACGACCCAAAUAACCGAGUUUGCAGAUUGGAAGUGCUAUCAGCAAUAAAUGACUGUGUGCUGAGAAGCCGUGGCCAUACCAAAUUUGUAAUUUCGUAUUGA